AUGGUCGCCAUUCCGCAGCCCGAGAUCAUCGGCGACAUCACCGAGUACAAGCGCCGCGAGCUCAACGGCGAGCUCACGCCCGAGCCCUUCCUCUCGGAGAACCCGAACCGCUUCGUGCUCUUCCCGAUCCAGCACGCUGACGUGUGGGAGAUGUACAAGAAGGCCGAGGCGAGCUUCUGGACCGCCGAAGAGCUCGACCUUGUCCACGACCAGAAGGACUGGGAGAAGCUCAGCGACAACGAGCGCUUCUUCAUCACGCACGUGCUGGCGUUCUUCGCGGCCUCGGACGGCAUCGUCAACGAGAACCUCGCCAUGAACUUCUCGAACGAAGUCCAAGUUCCGGAAGCGCGCUGCUUUUACGGCUUCCAGAUUGCGAUCGAGAACAUCCACUCGGAAGUCUACUCGCUCCUCAUUGACACGUACAUCAAGGACACGACCGAGAAGGACCGCGUCCUCCGGGCCAUUGACACAAUCCCGUGCGUCCAGCGCAAGGCCCAAUGGGCACUCAAGUGGUGCAACAGCCAAAUUGCGGCCUAUGCGGAGCGCAUUGUCGCGUUUGCCGCAAUCGAAGGUAUCUUCUUUUCCGGGUCGUUCUGCUCGAUCUUUUGGCUCAAGAAGCGCGGCCUCAUGCCCGGGCUGAGCUUCUCCAACGAGCUCAUUUCGCGCGACGAAGGCCUCCACUGCGACUUUGCGUGCCUCAUGUACUCGAAGCUCAUCAACAAGCUGUCGAACGAACGCAUCCACGAGAUCGUCGGCGACGCGGUCAAGAUUGAGAAGCAGUUUGUGUCCGAGUCGCUUCCCGUUGAGCUCAUUGGCAUGAACUCGGCCUUGAUGUGCGAGUACAUCGAGUUCUGCGCCGACCGCCUCCUCCACGCGCUGGGUGCGACCAAGCUCUUCAACGCCAAGAACCCGUUUGACUGGAUGGACAUGAUCUCGCUCCAGGGCAAGACAAACUUUUUCGAGAAGCGCGUCGGCGAGUACUCCAAGUCGGGCGUCGGUGUCUCGGCCGAGGACCAGUCCUUCACGCUCGACGCCGACUUUUAAGCAUCUUUGCCUUUGCAGGCUUCUCGCCUGCAAUCAGUAUCAACCCUUGCCUACCAUAAAUUUAUAACUAUCAACCCCACAUUUUUGC